AUGGGGGCAAGGAUCUUCUUGACACUGUUCAACAGUGCCGGCGACUCGGUGGCGGAGCUUGAAGAGGCGCUGGCCAGAGUAGCAGGUGGCGCCGCAGCCCUUGGGGCAGUGUACGGCGAGGAAGGUGAGGUCGACAAUGAUCUGCCCAGUGGGGUGACGUUCUUGAUGACGACAGGUGUAGACGGCGUGGCCGCGGGCUCCGUUCUUGUUGGAGAGUGCGAGCGAUCGCUCGAGGAGGAAGCGACAGAGGCCUCGGCGCUGUCGGUCUUGGGAGGUGAGCUCACAGGCUUGUCGGCCGCGGGCUUGUUGGGCGUCGUCUUGGAAGGCGUAGCCUUGGCGGACACGGACUGA